AUGGCUGUUUCGUCCACGGGCACUGAUAUACCUAAAGUACUGAUUUUGGGCCAUUCAUUUGUGCGUAGACUUCGCAGUGAUCUACAUGCACGUUUCGACGAGCGGGCAGCCAAAAAUUUUGACCUGCAUGGAACGCCCGAAAUAUUUAUGCAUGGCGUGGGAGGUCGAACAGUCCCAAAAUUAAGAAAGAUGGAUAUGGGGGUAAUCACUAGAAUAUCCCCUGAUAUAGUCAUUCUCGAUAUGGGAACGAAUGACUUGGCUCUUGCCCCACCUGAGGUAGGGGGUUCUGACAUCGAAGAACUUGUUCGCUCGUUGGUCGCGGAGUACUCCGUGCGCGCCGUGGUUUUGUGCCAAGUCACUCCACGUGCGACAAACAAGGGCUCUAAUUUUAAUGAGAGAGCCAAGCUUUUGAAUCAGUGCACCCGGGUAGUGAUCGAGCCCAUAGAACAAGCCAUUUGUUGGACGCAUAGAGGUUUCUCCAACCCAUCCGUAAACCCCUUUUUAUCAGACGGGGUACAUUUUAACCCCAUGGGUCAAUAUACCUUGUACAGGAGUUACCGCGGAGCGAUAAAACAUGCCGUAGGAGCAAUACGGCAAGAUGAUAAUUGAUAUGGUUAUGUCAAAUCUGUUAUUUAAGUUAGUAUUGAGUAUUUUGUGCGAACUGUGUAUUUUCCCUUGGAGCGAACAGUUUGUUCCAACGGUUGUUAGAUUUGUAUAAUAUGUGUCCUAUACCCUCCGCUAUUCUACUGUAUGUCCUCUGAUUGAGGACCUGUCUUAUAUCCUCUGAUUGAGGAUUUGUAUUAUAUCCUCUUGUUGGAAGAGUCGUCUGAUAUCCUCUGAUGGGGGAUUUGUCUUAUUUCCUCUGUUUGAGGAGUUGUCUUAUAUCCUCUGAUAGAGGAUUUGUCUUGUAUCCUCAGCUUGAGGAUUCGUCUUAUACCCUCUAGUUUGAGGAGUUGUCUUAUAUCCUCUGAUAGAGGUUUUGUCUUGUAUCCUCAGUUAAGGAUUCGUCUUAUACCCUCUUGUUUGAGGAGUUGUCUUAUAUCCUCAGAUUGAGGAUUUGUCUUAGCUUUUGGCUACACACGGCUGGUGGUGCGGCGACUCAACCUGUCAGCCAGGCCAGCCGCUGUGAAAAUUAUUAUCCAUUCUCAUAUUUUCCUAGACAAUGAGAAACUAUUUUUUAGCAGACGUGUAGUACCGUUUUGGCGCUUGCCCUCCUUUAAAUUUAUGCUACUCUCUUUAAGCUUUCUCGUUUAGAAUGCCACCUAAAAAGUUGCAAGCGAGGAAGCGAGCCCUUCGAACGACAGACGAAGGCCCAUCAGCGCAAUGCUGCCGUCGUCAAUCGACUAGGAACUCGACGUUGGCGUCCCGUUCGACUGUAGUUGUGGCAGCCGAAGAUGAUUCCAGUGGUAUACCGCCGUCCAAUGUGCCUCCUACCACGGUUCAGCAACUCGAUCCCGAACUGGUCCAAUCAAUAGUGUCUACCGUUGCAGCGGAG